ACUGCUGUAUAAUUGUUCACCGGAUGCUUAAUGGCAUUCACAGUGCAGUUUUUAUUACAGAGAUGGAGACGCUAUAAAAUGAUGUAGUUCACUGCGUGAAUGGUCGCCAUCUAGUGGCUAAAACCUGUAAUACCAACAUGAGAAAAGCCAAGGAGUGGGCGUGUCUCUCAUGAGGUCACUCGGCUGAAACGAAACUCCAACGCAAAGCGGUUUCCAACACCAGAUCCGUUUAGCAGAGAAAUCUCGAGUUUGAAGCUUCUCUCUCUUUAUUUGAGGGUUUAAACCUACUGCAGGUAAACACUAAGAGAACAGGAACAAGAGGAGGAACAGGAGGAAAAGAGGAAUAGAAACUGUCAUGGCUUCUUCCAGCAGUGUCCUGUGUGAAGAUCAGCUCCAGUGUCCCAUCUGUCUGGAUGUGUUCACUGAUCCAGUGUCUACUCCAUGUGGACACAACUUCUGUAUGAUCUGUCUCAAAGAGUUCUGGGACAGCAGUUCACACUGCCAGUGUCCAGUGUGUAAAACCAGUUUCCCCAAAACACCUGAGUUAUGUGUGAAUACGUUUAUCUCUGCACUUGCUGCUCCAUUUAAGAAGCCAGUUCAGGUGAAGUCCAUCAAUGCUGCAGAAAAACCCACCCAAUCUCUGGUGCUCUGUGACAUCUGCUGUGAAAAGAAAUGUGCAGCUGUGAAGUCCUGCCUGAUCUGUAUGGCCUCUUACUGCAAGACUCACCUUGAACCUCAUGAGAGAGUUAAUUCAUUCAAAAAGCAUAAACUGAUAGACCCUGUGGAGAACCUGGAGGACUACAUCUGUCAGAAACAUGAGAGACCCCUGGAGCUGUUCUGUAGAGAUGACCAGACGUGUGUGUGUCAAUUCUGUACUGAGGGAGAGCACAAAACUCAUAACACUGUUCCUCUAGAAGAAGAGAGUGGAGAGAAGAAGAUUCAGUUGGAAAAGAAACAUGCAGAAGUUCAGCAGAUGAUUCAGGAGCGACUGAAGAAGAUUGAGGAAAUCAAACACUCUGUUAAACUGAAUAAAAAAACAGCAGAGAAGGAGAAAGCAGAUGCUGUGGAGAUCUUCAGUAAUCUGAUGAGUGACAUUGAGAGAAGCCAGGCUGAACUGCUUAAGGUGAUGGAGGAGAAGCAUAAAGCAGCAGAGAGGCAGGCUGAAGAGUUCAUUAAAGAGCUGGAGCAGGAAAUCACUGAGCUAAAGAAGAGAAACACUGAGCUGAAGCAGCUCUCACACACUGAGGAUCACCUCCACCUCCUACAGAUUUACCCGUCACUGUGCAGCCCUCCACACACCCAGGACUGGACUGAUGUCACAAUUAACACUCAUCUGAGUGUGGAGACUCUGAGGAGGUCUUUGUCUCAACUUCAGGAAUCUCUCAGAGAGGAAAUGGAGAAGCUUCCUGAGAUCAAUCUGAAGAGAAUUCAACAAUAUGCAGUGGAUGUAACUCUGGAUCCUGAUACAGCAAAUCCUUAUCUCAUCCUGUCUGAUGAUGGGAAACAGGUAAUAUGUGGAGACACAGAACAGAAUCUUCCUGAUAAUCCAGAGAGGUUUAAUUUUUAUGUCAUUGUUGUGGGGAAGGAGGGAUUCACCUCAGGGAGAUUUUACUAUGAGGUGCAGGUCAGAGGGAAAACUGAGUGGGAUUUAGGAGUGGUCAGAGAGUCGAUUAACAGGAAAGGGGUAAUUACAGCCAGCCCUGAGAAUGGACAGUGGUCUGUGUUUUUGAGGAAUAAGACUGAAUAUAAGGCUCUGGACUCUCCUCGUGUCUCCCUCUCCUUGAAACAGGCUCCUCAGAAGGUGGGGGUGUUUGUGGAUUAUGAGGAGGGUCUGAUCUCCUUCUAUGAUGUUGAUGCAAAGUCUCAUAUCUACUCUUUCACUGGUCAGACUUUCACUGAGAAACUUUAUCCAUGUUUCAGCCCCGGUCUCAGUUAUGGAGGUAAAAAUUCAGCACCACUGAUCAUCUAUCCUGUUAAUCAAGUCUAGCCCGAAAUUAGUUUUAAAAAAAAGUUUAAUAAGAAUUAUAAAAUGUAAAUUUGUUUUACUGUUGCUCUCAUUGUGAUGAUCCUUCAUGCUAAAGUAUUUCUUUCUGGAUCCAUUAUUACUCCUGUAACUAAUCUUUAAAUCCCAUACACCCAAAUAUAUUUUCAAUCUGUAAUAGGGAUCAGAUGUAAUAAUGCAGGCUAUUUUUGUAAAUGAGCAAUAAUCCGUUAAAAUAGAUAAAUUUCAUUUUUAAGCUCUUGGCCCCAAAAUAACAUCCAGACUGAGUGAACAGUGGAUUCAUUUAACUGGGGUCUUAAAUUGCAUUGUUUUCUGUAAACAACUGGUGCAUUAUUAAUGUUCUAGAAAUUGUU